AUGGCUGGCAAUAAGUCAACCGAUUUUAGCCAUCUCCCUCUAGCUACCAACAAAGCUAUGGAAUGCGCCUUGACAGGCUCUGAGCUAUUGUCGUGCACCUAUCUGAACAAAGGCAGUGCCUUUACCGAAGAGGAGCGCGAUGAGUUUGAUCUCGUUGGACUACUGCCAUCUAAUGUCCAGACUCUUGAUGAGCAAGUCAAGAGGGCGUAUGCCCAGUUCAGUACCAGACCAGACAACCUCGCAAAGAACACCUUCAUGACUAGUCUGAAGGAGCAGAACGAGGUACUUUAUUACAGGCUGAUCCAGGAUCACUUGAAGGAGAUGUUCCCUAUCAUCUACACACCCACCGAAGGUGAGGCUAUCAGCAAGUACUCAUCUCUUUUCCGUCGUCCUGAGGGUUGCUUCCUCAACGUCAACGAGCCCGAGAAGGUCGAGCAAAGCAUGUCACAGUGGGGUGGACCCGAUGACAUCGAUCUCAUCGUUGUCAGUGAUGGUGAGCAGAUUCUGGGAAUUGGUGAUCAAGGCGUGGGAGGUAUUCUGAUCUCUAUCGCAAAACUGGCUAUCUACACGCUCUGUGCUGGAAUCCACCCUCACCGCACGCUCCCUGUGGUUCUUGACACUGGUACCAACAACGAGGACUUCCUCAACGACGAAAUCUACCUUGGUCUCCAUCAGGAGAGAGUCAGGGGAGAAAAGUAUGACAAGCUCGUCGACACCUUUGUCAAGACGGCAAGAAAGCAGUAUCCUAACGCAUACAUUCACUUCGAAGACUUUGGUCUACCCAAUGCUCGUCGCAUCUUGGACGAGUACACUCCUAAGAUUGCUUGCUUCAACGACGAUGUACAAGGCACAGGAUGCGUCACUUUGGCCGCAAUUUACGCUGCUCUCAAGGUCGCAAAGCUUGAGAUGAAGGACAUCCGUAUCGUGAUGUACGGUGCGGGAACCGCUGGAACUGGAAUUGCAGAUCAAGUCGCCGACGCAAUUGCUGUCGAGUCUGACAAGUCUAGGGAGGAAGCUUUAAAACAGAUCUGGUGUGUUGACAAGCCCGGUCUACUCCUGCAAUCGAUGAAGGAUGAUCUCACGCCAGCCCAGCAUCCGUACGCUCGCGAGGACGAGGAGUGGAAGGGCAAGAAGCACGACAAUCUACUGGAAAUCGUAAAGGAGGUCAAGCCCCACAUUCUGAUCGGCACUUCUACCAAGCCCAAGGCCUUCACGGAGGAGGUGGUAAAGGAGAUGGCUAAACACACUGAGCGACCUAUCAUCUUCCCCCUGUCAAACCCCACCAAGCUGCACGAAGCAGAUCCCAAGGAUCUGUUCAAGUGGACGGAAGGCAAAGCUCUGAUGGCAACUGGAUCACCCUUUGAUCCAGUCGAGUACAACGGCACCAAGUACGUUGUUGCGGAAUGCAACAACAGCACGACAUUCCCUGGUAUUGGAUUGGGAGCAGUCUUAUCUCGAACUAAGCUCAUGUCGCCACCAUUGUUGGUUGCAGCAACCAAGGCACUCGCAGAGCAAGCACCAGCUCUCAAGGAUCCAAAUGAUGGACUGUUGCCAGACGUGACCAACGUUCGCGAGAUUAGUGUCAAAAUUGCAGCAGCUGUGAUCAAGAAGGCAAAGGAGGAGAAGCUGACUCAACAAGAAGGCAUUCCCGACAACGAUGAGGAUUUGGAGAAAUGGAUCAGGGCUCAAAUGUGGGAUGCUGAGUACAGGCCUCUGAAGAAGGUCGAACACACACGGGCAUCGCGUGCAGCCAAGGGCGAGGCUGGCUCCAAGGGAAAGAGAUCGAAGAAGACGAACUAG